CACACAAAAUGCAGUAGCAAACUGGAUAAAGGAAGCAACAAACAAAGGUUACAACAUAAUAAUACUAGGCGAUUUCAACUACGAUUACACAAAACAGUGCAACAAGAGCCCACAGAUAUUCCAGACAAUGAGACAGAACGGUCUAGAAAAUACUAUACAACACUUCAACAUAACAGAGCCAACCUGAAAAAGACAAGAUAG